AUGCCUCUUCACCUCCUGGGCAAGAAGUCAUGGAACGUCUACAAUCCCGAGAAUAUCGCCCGUGUACGGCGUGACGAGGCUCAGGCCAAGGCUCGGGAGGAGGAAGAGGAACGUCGUAUGCAAGAAAUCGAUGCUGAGCGCAGAAUUCAAAUCCUCCGUGGCGAACGACCCUCUACCCCACCACCCCCGCUGUCUGCUCCGUCCGAUACGCGACGCGACAGAACCCAUGGAGAGGAUGCUGGAAGAUACAAAAAGCGGAGGCGACUGGCAGGUGAAAAUGAUACGGAUUGCGAUAUCAGACUCGCGAGAGAAGAUGCUCAGUUGAUGCUGGCGAAAAGGGAGGAGCUCGCUGUGUCCAGGACCAGCGAUGCGCCGCUUUUAGACAGUACGGGGCAUAUCAAUCUAUUUCCUUCCGAGACAGCGCAGAAACCGGUAGAGAAGAAUCAAGAGGCGGAGAAGGAGGCAGCUGACAAGAACCGGAGUUAUGAGGACCAAUAUACGAUGCGCUUCUCGAAUGCGGCGGGGUAUCGCCAGUCGGCUGGCCAAAUGCCCUGGUACUCUUCCUCCGGUCACGAUGUUUUAGCGCCUGAUGCUAUGCCUGAAAAAGACGUUUGGGGCAAUGAAGAUCCGAUGAGACAGGAGAGGGAGAGGGCCCGGCUAGGUGUCAACGAUCCACUUGCGGCGAUGAAGAGGGGUGUUCGCCAGUUGAAGUCGGUCGAACUGGAAAGGAAGAAGUGGAACCAGGAGAGAAAGAGAGAAUUGGAUGCACUGAAAGCGGCAGAAAGACAACGGUCGCGUCAUCGCAGGAGGAGAUCAACGUCAAGAUCAAGGGCGUCGGAGACAAGAAACCAAGGAGCUCACACCGACAUCGCUCGCAUCGCCGGGAAAGGAGUCACGAUCGUUCUCGCGAUCAUUCCCGCAAGCGACAUCGUCACUCCCAUUCCCAUUCGCACUCCCAUUCGCACCGUCACCGUGAUCACCAUGACCACGACCGAGGGGACGUUCGCGAGACACAGUCACACAGACGCCAUGUUUGACACCUUUCAUUAUGGAAGCUUGAUCUUGAUGUGA